ACGUGGCCCGACGGCCAGUCUCUUAAUGUUUUGACAAGCAGGAGUGAGCAGCAGAGAGGGACUCGAGCUAGCAACCAGCUGAUCGUCCAUGAUUAGGAUUAUAACGCUGAUUAUUAGAAUAAUAGAAAGGCUUCAUGGCGCUGCAGUGGAUUCGCAGGCAGGCUUUGGGAUGUUUCCUGUGGGUUUAGGUAGCUAGUGGCGGAUUAGCCGGACUGGGAGACCUUACUGGUGGUGCUGGUUGGUGAAGAUGGUGUUUGGGAGAGCUGGCAUGGCUGGAGUAUCAACACACUGAGGGCUCUGAGCUGAAGGAAUGGCGUGUUGAUGGAGAUUUAGGGUCGCAGUGAAGACAUUCAGGCUUUACUGCAGCUCUCUGUGUGUGUGUGUGUGUGUGUGUGUGUGUGUUGGGGUGUUAUGGAGGCUUGGGGUGGUGUUUGAGCUUCAAUCAAGGUUUAAAUGGUGUUGACAUGAAGAGAUGGACACACACUCUGUCUCUCAUACACACACUGCAGCUGUGGGCAAGGUGACUGCUUCUUCCUCUUCUUCUUCUUCUUCUUCUUCCUCCACCUGCUCCUCCUCCUCCUCCUCUUCUUCUUCUUCUCUGAAUAAUCCUCAUUUGCACGAGGGGCUGUAGAUCUGAUCCUGGUCUCCUGGAGCCGCUGAUGGUGUGAGGGGUUCAGAACCACAGCCUGGAGAGAGCAGAGCGAGGAGAGCUGGAGGACAUCACGGCAGGAACCAUGAAGCCUGAGAGAGAAGCGGCGGAGGAGUUUUUUGAGUACGAUGCCGAGGAGUUCUUGGUGUCCCUCACGCUCCUGAUCACAGAGGGCCGGACUCCAGAAUGUUCCGUUAAAGGUCGUACCGAGGGCCUGCACUGCCCCUCCGCACAGUCCGGUGGACCGGUCCUCACUAAACACGAAUGCAGCGACAAACUGCCUCAGUGUCGUCAGGCGAGGAGGACGAGGUCAGAGGUCAUGUUGCUAUGGCGAAAUCACAUCCCAAUCAUGAUCGAAGUGAUGCUGCUGCCUGACUGUUGCUAUAGCGACGAGGGUCUGGCGACGGACCUGAACGACCCGGCGAUUAAACAGGACGCUUUGCUGUUGGAGAGAUGGACGCUACAGCCCGUCCCGAGACAGAGUGGGGAUCGGUUUAUCGAGGAGAAGACGUUGCUGUUGGCCGUCCGUUCCUACGUGUUUUUCUCUCAGCUGAGUGCCUGGCUCAGCGCCUCGCAUGGCAUCGUGCCCAGAAACAUCCUCUAUAGAAUAAGUGCAGCCGACGAAGAGCUAAUAUGGAAUUUCUCCCAGUCGCCUUCGGAGCACGCCUUUCCAGUGCCCAACGUGUCCCACAGCGUGGCGCUGAAGGUUCGGGUUCAGUCGUUGCCCCGCCAGCCCAAGUACCCUGUGUUGAAGUGCAGCAUCCACUCCGACCUCUCAUUCCUUGGCAAACGUCCACUUGACCCUGUGGAGGGGCCGUUAGAAGGUGCAUAUAGUCGGGGUCAGACCAUCAGUGACUCUCCAAACCCCCUCAGACUCCAGAGUUCACCUCUUUUAUGCAGACCUCUUCGCUCUCCGUUACCCUCUCACGACAGGACCAGCCCCUUGAACCAGCGUAAAUACCCCGAAUCGCCCAUCCUGCCUGGCAAAGCCGCAAAGCUACUGUUCUCAAGAACCAAUGGAGUCUUGGAAAGCUCAGGAAAGGCAACGAGUGUGGAAUCGCCAUCUUCAUCUCCAACACGUGAUUUCAAAUCGUUCUCAAAUUCCUCGUUUUCAAACCGCAGCCCGAGUCCUCGCGCUUCCUCAGCUGAAACGAACCCCCUGAUUGGUUCAUUGCUCCAGGAGAGGCAGGAAGUCAUUGCUCGCAUCGCGCAGAGGCUGAACUUUUGCGACCCAACAUCACCUCAUCUUCUUCCUGACUCUCUCUUCACACCUCCAGGGGAUGAAGGGCCAUUCAAGAAGACCAAAGAUCCUCCUAGUCUUCAAACGAAUGACAGGAAUGGGACAAGGAACGGCGAGUGGAGCCAGACUUCUUUCUUUCAAACUCCGCUAAGUCCAAGGAGCCGGUCUCGAGUGGACCGAGGAGAAUCGGAUGAGUCCAGGACUUCACCCAAACCGACAACUUGUAGACGGCUUCUGCUGUCACCAGAUUCAAAAGAAGGUUCUAUGAUUGUUGAAGCUGUUCAAGAUAUCUCACGUUUGAUUCAGGAGCGUCUUCAGCUGUCGCAAGAGCUCCUGCAUGCCAAAUACAAGCAAUGCCGCGAGUCAUCAGCAUCCACAUUCUCGCAGAACCAAAACCAGACUCAGAACCAUAGACAAAAUCAGAAUCAAAGCCAGACACAAAACCAGAACCACCAGCUUAGAACCAACAGUCACACUAGCUAUUCUAAUGGAACUAUAAACACAGCCAAUGGCGAAACCAGCUCAAACCUUCGAGUUCACACUGAGACACUUGAGAGACGGGUCUUGUCUGAAAACCAGGGCCGGUCUGGACCCUUGAACAAAGAACCCAGUAUCAAUAAACCUCAAUCACUAACACAAACCAGCCAUACAUACAGUGCCAAAAACGACCCCUGGACUUCUUUGCUCAACAGCCCUAAAAGCUCCCACAGCCUGAAUGGAGUGGCAGGAGUCAACAAUCAUAACCACGUCCAGGACCUUCAGGACCUAGAGUUUGGGAAGGAAAACCAGGGCAGAAGAGUAGAAACACAGAUCCAACCAGAGUCCAUCGUGCCUGGUCAGGAUGAGGACCAAGAUCCCUGGUCCUCCCUCUCCAGCACACCCACCAGCCUUAAUACACAACACUCCCCGAGCCCAGGUUGGACUCUCAACAACAAUGCACAUGCCACGUUGCGAAGCCCCGCCUCCUCACUGAAGCCAUGCAGUAGUAACUGGAAGAAGCAGAACAGACACUCCAUCGACGGUACGGCCACGAGAGCGUUCCACCCCUGCACCGGCCUGCCCCUGCUCUCCAGCCCGGUUCCACAGAGGAAAAGUCAGACGGGAUAUUUUGACUUGGACACGUCUCUGAUUCAGUGUAAAGGAGCACCGUGGGCCUCCAGCAAGAGACUGUGUUUGAAGAGAUCUGAAGACUUGGAGGAACCUCAGCAGCUCCUAAGCGCCAGCGCCCCUCCCGCCAGUCUCAGCCUUCUGGGAAACUUUGAGGAGUGCGUCCUAAACUACCGCUUGGAGCCGCUCGGUACCGUCGAGGGUUUCACAGCUGAAGUCGGUGCCAGUGGUUCGUUCUGCCCAAGUCACAUGACCUUCCCAGUAGAUGUGUUGUUCUACAGCGUGUCAGAUGAUAACGCUCCAUCUCCAUACAUGGGGGUCAUAAACCUGGAGUCUCUGGGGAAAAGGGGCUAUCGAGUGCCUCCAUCAGGAACCAUUCAAGUGACCUUAUUUAACCCUAAUAAGACGGUGGUGAAGAUGUUUGUGGUGAUGUAUGAUCUGAGAGAAAUGCCAGCCGGCCAUCAGACAUUCCUGAGGCAGAGGACUUUCUCCGUCCCCGUCAAACGCGAAUCAAACGGACAAAACCACAGGAAGCCCCUCCCCCCUGGACAGGGGCGGACCCUGCGCUACCUCAUACACCUGAGGUUCCAGAGCUCCAAAUCUGGAAAGAUCUACCUCCAUCGAGACAUCCGGCUUCUGUUCUCACGCAAAUCCAUGGAAGUGGACAGUGGUGCUGCCUACGAGCUCAAAUCCUUCACAGAGUCUCCAGCCGAUCCUCCUUUCUCCCCGAGAUGCUGAUCGACUCACGUCCCGUCUAACGUCGUGUUCCCACUCGAGCACAGGGGCCUUACUGAAGUCUGAUCUCAUACUCACCCGUGUCUGUCUCUCUCUCUCUCUCUCUCUCUCUCUUUCUCUGUGUCUGUCUGUCUCUCCUUUGUGCUUCAGUAAGGACUGUGUUUCUUGACGCAGUUUUGAAGCUCAUCCUCUGAACUUUGGUGCCGUUUGUGAAGGAAAAAAAAAUACUGAAGUUAAAAGAAAAAAAUAAAACAAUAUGGACCAUUUUUUUUAAUGACAGAAAAUAAUCAACAAGAAUCAGAUGAACAGAAUAAAGACUUUGGAUAGAGCACUGUGUUCCUCCACCACAACUGGAAAAGGAAAUUAGUCAUAUUCUACUAUCCUCUCUCUUCCCCCCCCCCCCUUUUUUUCCGCCUUUUGAUUUUAUUUUGUACUGUUACCGAACCACUUUAAUCGGAAGUGUUGCAAUAGAGAAAAAGAAUAUCUUAACUAGCUUAGUGUUUACAUAUUUACUUUGUCAGUUAUUUAAUAUUUAAAAUGAUAUUUCAUUUACUGCACAUGUGACGCCUGUCGUGCUCAGCAUUAUGAUGUAGUGCAAUAUGUUUCAAUCAUACCGUGUAUUUUUGACUAAUAUUCAGAUCUGAAAU